GCCCUCUUGGGUAUAAUGGUUUUUGGCCUAUUCCCAAAACUUGAAGCUCAGGAUGCCCCCAUGCCAGCUGACCUUGUACUCUUAAUUGAUGGAUCAGAGAGCAUUGGAGCUGCCAACUUCCCCUACAUCCGUGAUUUGGCUGUCCGAUUGAUUGAUGGGCUUGCCGUGGGCAAGGACACAAUCCGUGUAGCCGUUGCGCUAUAUGGUGCUGAUCCUGAGAUUCAGUUCUAUCUCAAUAGCUAUAACACCAAAGAGAACAUCCUCAGUGCUAUCCGGGGACUUAAUUACCCUGGCGGGGAUGAGGCAAAUCUGGGGGCAGCCUUGGAGAAGGUGGCAGACAGUCUGUUGGGCCCCAGUACAGGGGGCAGGGCAGAGGAAGGGGUGCCCCAGGUACUGGUGGUGAUCAGUGCUGGACAGUCCACUGAUGAUGUCAGUCAGGGUGAGAUGGCCAUAAAGCAGGCCAGUGUGUUCACCUUUGGCAUUGCUGUGGGUGAUUCUGCCGCUACUGCCCAACUGGAAGCUAUUGCUACAGGCAAAAGCUUUGUUCUGUCUGUCCCUGAUGUCAGUACAGUGGCAAGCAUGGGUGACCAGAUACUGCCGUACAUUAAUGGCGUUGCCCAGCGCAGGCUUGUGAUUGAAACAGAAAUCACAGAAGUUUUGGAUGUUGGGAGGAGAGAUAUAAUUUUCCUCAUUGACAGCAGUAUGGGUGCCACCUUCCUCAAUGCAGUGCGAGAAUUCAUUAAAAGAUUUAUUGACACCAUGCCAAUCGGCUCUGAUCAGGUGCAAGUCGGAGUGACCAUGUUUUCCACUACCCCAAAGACGGAGAUCAACCUAAACUCAUUCAAUUCGAAAGAAUCCCUAAUUUCGGCCCUUGCCAGAAUUAAACCCAAACCUGCAGUUGAAGUCAACAUUGGUUCUGCCCUGGAUUUCGUGAGGACAAGCAUGCUCAGAGCUGACAGUGGGACCCGCAUUCAAGAAGGAGUGCCACAGCUUGUGUUGCUACUGACCAGUAAAAAAUCCAAAGACAGUGUCCAACAGCCAGCUGAAGCACUUCGUCAAAUGGGUGUUCUGACUUUGGCUGUGGGCUCCAGGGCUGCUGAUGAGGCUGAGCUCAGGCAAAUAGCUUUCGAUGAUAGUGUGGUUUUCAUGCUUAAGGACUUCAGGGCAUUGCAGCGCAACCCUGGAGACAUUAUCUCUCCUCUUACUACAUUGUCUGGUGUUGUUGUGCAAGAGGGUCCAACUGAAACAGGCCCCUUUGUGGAUGUUACUACAGUCCAGACCCAAAGAGUUGUCAGAGACAUUGUCUUCUUGGUGGAUGGAUCCAGCAAUGUUGGAAAUGCCAACCUGCAACCUGUGCGGGACUUCAUCUCUGGCGUGGUGAACAGACUAGAUGUACGACCUGAGCGAGUGCGCAUUGGCCUGAUGCAGUUUGCUGAGGGACAGCAUACAGAGUUUUAUUUGAAUACUCACAACACCAAACAGGACGUGCUUUCAAGCAUUGCUCAGCUGCAACUGAUGGGAGGACGUGCUUCGAACACUGGUGCAGCCCUACAAUAUGCCCUAGCCAACCACUUCCAGCCCUCAGCUGGGUCUCGUAGGCAGCAGAGGGUCCAGCAGGUACUGGUGCUUAUAACAGGAGGUCCAUCUUCAGAUGAAGUCAAGAAGGUCGCAGACCGUGUAGCUUUAGCUGGAGUUUUAACUUUUGCUGUUGGAGCUGGCCAAGUGGAAGAGAAUUACCUGAAAACAGUUGCUUUUGUAGAAAAUUUGGCUUACUACAGAAGAAAUUUUGCUGACUUGUCAAGUGUUGUUGACCAGAUUAUGACACCACUUAUCACUGUUGUUGGGGAGACAAUAGAACCAGAGAUUGAAAUAGUUUCACCACCCUCUGGCAUUGAAAGGGAUGUUGCAUUCUUGAUUGAUGGCUCUGAUAAUGUUAGAAGUGACUUCCCCUAUAUCCGUGCCUUCAUUUCCAAAGUCAUCGAGCCUCUUGAAAUAGGCAUUGAUAAAGUACGAGUUGCUGUGGUCCAGCAUAGUGAGAGACCAAGCCCAAGCUUCUACCUGAACACUUACCAAACCAAAGAAGAGGUGCUCAGGGCUGUAAAUGGACUCAGUCUGGCUGGAGGUAGAAGUCUGAAUACUGGUGCUGCCUUGACUUUCAUGAAAAACACCAUCUUAUCACCAGCAUAUGGUAGUCGAUCUGCCCAAAAUGUCCCACAGUUUUUGAUUGUUCUGACUGGGGGGAGAUCAAAAGAUAGUGUCAGGGAACCUGCAGUUGCCCUAAAGACUGAAGGAGUUGUGCCUUUUGGUGUUGGAGUAAAAAAUGCAGACCCGAAACAGAUUGAGGACAUUUCUCACAAUCCAUCAUUUGCUUUCAAUGUGAAGGAAUUCAGCAUGCUUGACACAGUGGAGCAAAAGCUUAAGACCUAUGUGAGUCUUCCAAAGGCAGACCUGAAUGUUCUUCUAGAGCAAGCAGUCUCCCAAGGACCCAAGAAGGACGUCGUCUUUGUGAUUGAUGGUUCUGAUGGCGUUGGUAUGGAGUUCCCAAUUAUCCAGGAAUUUGUUCGCAGAGUUGUGGAGAAACUCAAUAUCGGUGAGAAUAAGAUCCGAGUCGGUGUGGUGCAGUAUGGAGAUUCUCCAUACGCAGACAUCUACCUCAACUCCCAUAAGACAAAAGAAGGUGUCCUAAAUGGCAUCAAGGAACUCAGACAACGAGGGGGGAGACAGCGCAACCUUGGUCGGGCCAUAGACUUUGUUGGUCGUGAAGUUCUGAUUUCUGGACGUGGUGGAAGAAAGCAGGAGGGAAUUCCACAAUUUGUUGUGGUGGUUUCAGGAGGAAAAGCAACAGACAAUAUAAGAACAUCUGCAUCAGCUCUCAAACAAUCAGGAAUUGUCCCAUUUAGCAUUGGGACAAGGGAAGUUGAUGCUCAGGAAUUGCAGGUGAUCUCCUAUAUCCCCAAAUAUGCCUAUGCAGUUGAUGACUUGCCUGGUCUUUAUACCGUUCAGGACACACUCAUCACUACAUUGACUGAGCUGUCUAGUGAAGAGCUAGCCAAACUGCGCCCUGUUUACCCUGCAGAAUCAGCUCCAAUUCCAACAGUACCUCGUGGAGAUAAGAGGGAUGUUGUGUUCCUCAUUGAUGGUACAACAAAGAUGCGCAGUGAGUUCCCUGCUAUAAGAAACAUGAUACAGCGUGUGGUGGAGAAGUUGGAUGUGGGUCUGGACAAUGUGAGGGUGUCAGUUGUGCAGUACAGUGAUGAUCCCAAACUGGAAUUUCUCCUCAAUGAGCACUUCUCUAAGGAGGAAGUUCGCCAGGCCAUACAAAGAAUUAAAAGCAAAGGAGGCAAUAAGCUUAACACUGGGCAAGCUCUGGAAUAUGUCUCGAAGAACAUCUAUCAAAGAUCUGCUGGUAGUCGUGUAGAAGAAGGCGUGCCUCAGUUUCUCAUCUUAGUGACCGGAGGAAAGUCAAAUGAUGAUGUAUCUGGUCCUGCCAACCAACUGAAGUUAAGCAAUGUUGCCCCCUUAGCAGUUGGAGCUCAUAAUGCUGAUGCAGAAGAAUUAAAACUAAUUUCCUUCAGUCCAGAACUAACAUACACCAUUAGAGACUUCCAGCAGCUACCUAUAGUGGAACAAGAGCUUUUGACCAAAGUCAGUACCAUGACCAAAACAGUAACUUCUGUCACCCCUAUGCCUAGAGUCAAACUCAGUCUUGGAAGAAAGGACAUCAUCUUCCUCAUUGAUGGCUCAGACAGUGUUGGACAAAAUGGUGUUGUGCACAUCCUUGACUUUGUCUUGAAAGUGGUUGAGCAGCUUGAUAUCCAACCUGACCAAGUUCGCGUGGCUUUGGUACAGUAUGGUGAAAGACCUAAAACUGAAUUCUCUUUGAACUCCCACAACAACAAACAGUCUGUCAUCUCUGCAAUCAAGAGACUUCAACACAUGGGUGGACGUGGUGCUGACCUGGCUGAGGCAAUCAAGUAUGUGAUUCGAAAUGAGCUCCAAGCUUCUGCUGGGGUACGUCUAGCAGAGGCUUCCCAGCAUUUAGUGGUGCUCACUGGUGGAAGGUCAACCUCUGAUGUAUCUGUAUAUGGCCCACUCCUUAAAGGCUCUCGGAUCAACUGUAUAGGAAUUGGUGCAGAGAAUGCAGACACAAAACAGCUGGAACAGAUUACAACCACCUCUGCUGACGUCCUGCAGGUGGCUACUUUCCCAAGUCUUCCAAACAUACAGAGCCAGUUUAUAGACAGACUUAAUAGAACAAUUGUCGAUGAACCUCCCCUUGAAGAACCAAGGCCUUGGCUCCCACAGGCAAAGGCUGCUGACAUUGUCUUUUUAGUUGAUGGGUCAAUCAAUCUGGGCAAGGACAAUUUCAAAGAGGUCAUGGAAUUCAUUCUCAAUUUAAUUGACCUCUUCUUCACGGAGAGAGACAAACUUCAGUUUGGUCUAGCACAUUAUGCUGCAGAUGUGACAGAUGUCUUCUACCUCAAUACCAACAAAAAUAAAGAUGACAUUAUCAGUGCCAUAUCCCGAGCAGAGUACAAGGGAGGUCGGGAAAUUAAAACAGGCAAUGCCAUUCGCCAUGUUCAGCAAACACACUUUGUAAAAGAAAGGGGCAGUCGGAAGGAUGAGGGCAUUCCACAGAUCCUAAUGGUAAUCACUGGUGGACGAUCAAAGGAUGAUAGCAAGUCAGCAGCACUAGCUCUCAAAGCCACUGGUGUGCGUGUCUACGCCGUUGGGGUGGGUGACAUUGAGGAUGAAAUUAAUAAUUUGGGCAGUGAGGCAAACACAGUGGCCAGAGCCAGCACCUUCCAAGAGCUCUCUGAGCUGAAUGAGCAGAUUUUGGAAACACUUGAUGAUGAGGUGAAAGGAAUAAAACUCUGCACAGGAGUACAGGACACAGCUAGAGCAUGCAAGUUGGAUGUUCUUGUGGGGUUUGAUGUUGCUUCCCAGAAUAUUUUUGCUGCUCAGAGGUCAUUAGAGUCUAAGAUGGCUGCUAUUCUCCAACGCAUUACCCAGAUGCAGCCCAUCAGCUGCACCUCUGGCCAGGUCCCCUCAGUACAGGUGGGCAUGCUAGCAAUGGACUCUGCCUCAGAGCCUGUUCUGCUAGACUUCACUGACAGAUACACAGAUCUUCUUGAGCCCUUCAAAGCCCUGCGCAGCCGUGGACCUUUUGUUUUGAACGCCGCCACAAUCAAAGCUUAUUCUGACCGAUUCAAGACUCAGCCUUCGGACAGUAUCAAGGUUGUGAUCCACUUAACUGAUGGAUUAGAUGCCCAAUAUAACAUUCUGAAAGAGCGAGUUGAACAGAUGCGUGGAUCUGGUGUUAAUAGUUUCAUCCUUGUUGCUCUGGAGAGAGUGCCACGAUUUGAGGAUGCAGUGCUCUUGGAAUUUGGCCGUGGCUUCAGGUACACACAACCUCUGCGUGUCAACCUCAUGGACUUGGAUUAUGAGCUUCAGGAAGAACUGGACAACAUUGCUGAACGGGAAUGCUGCUCUGUUCCAUGCAAGUGUAAUGGCCAGAGAGGGGACAGAGGGGCUGUUGGUGUGCCUGGACUGAAGGGUCAACCUGGUGGUCAGGGCUUGAGUGGACAUCCUGGUGAUGAAGGUGGACCGGGAGAGAGAGGUCCACCUGGUGUAAAUGGAACUCAAGGAUUCCAAGGAUGUCAAGGACAAAGAGGUUUUAAAGGAUCUCGAGGAUACAAUGGUGAAAAGGGUGAAAUUGGAGAGAUUGGUUUGAACGGAAUCAAUGGAGAGGAGGGAACAACUGGAAUUGCUGGCCCUCCUGGAGACAGAGGAAACCCCGGCGAAAGGGGGCCUAAAGGGGCCAAAGGCCAGGCAGGAGAUGUUGGUCAGACUGGGAUCCGUGGUGAUCCAGGCACCCCAGGAAAUGACAACAAACAGAGGGGACCAAAAGGUGAUCCAGGCGAUGCUGGCCCAGUGGGAGAGCCAGGGGUGGAUGGAAGUAAGGGAGAUCCUGGUGAACCAGGCAGAUUGGGCUCUGAUGGUAGAAGGGGGACUCCUGGGCAAGCUGGUCUUCCUGGAAAGCUCGGUGCUGAUGGUUUACAAGGAGAGCCAGGAGUUGGGGGAUCACGGGGUCCUGCUGGACCAAUUGGAGCACCUGGUAUCAGAGGAGAAGAUGGAAACCCUGGUCCACCGGGCCCAGGAGGACAACCAGGACCUGCUGGAGAAAAGGGCAGAAGAGGUGCUGUUGGCCGUAAGGGUGAACCAGGGGAGCCUGGACCUAAAGGAGUUGUUGGACCCCAGGGACCACGUGGGGAGUCUGGUGAGGAUGGUAGUGAUGGGUUUGGUGUAAUUGGUCCCAAAGGAAGAAAGGGUGAUGAAGGUUUUCCUGGUUUCCCUGGUCCAAAGGGUGAGGCAGGUGACCCUGGUUCAAAGGGAGGACCUGGACCUAGAGGAAAUAAUGGCCAGAGGGGUACAUCAGGAGGAAUUGGUGGGCCUGGACAGAAGGGAGAAAUUGGAUACCCAGGGCCCUAUGGCCAAAAAGGUCCCAGAGGACCUGGUGUGGUGCAAUGUGACCUGGUCAAGAAAAUCAGAGAUAACUGCCCCUGCUGCUAUGGUGCUCAGGAAUGUCCUCUCUUCCCUACUGAGUUGGCAUUUGCCCUGGAUGCGUCAGAUGGUGUAUCACGCCCAGCUUUCAACAACAUGCGGGACACUGUUCUCCGCCUGGUCAGUGACAUCACUAUUGCUGAAAGCAACUGUCCACGAGGAGCCCGUGUUGCUCUAGCGCUCUACAACAAUGAGGUGACCACCGAGAUCCGCUUUGCAGAUGCGCUGAAGAAGCGAGCACUUAUUGAGCGAGUUCAAGGGCUCCAGGCUCUGCAGACCCGCAAGCAGCGCAGCUUGGAGACAGCCAUGAACUUUGUUGCACAGAACACAUUCAAGAGAGUCCGCAGUGGCUUCCUUGUGCGCAAGGUUGCUGUUUUCUUCGUCAAUGGCCCUGUCACAGUCACGAAGGAACUCAGUGCAGCUGCUCUGCGCCUUUACGAUGCUGGAAUUGCCUCUGUAUUUCUUCUUAAUCGUGAAGAUCGUCAACUCAGCAGAACCUUGCAGCUUAACAACACUGCACUAGCCCAGGUUAUUGUCCUACCAUCACCGGGAAGUGCUGAAUACAACAAUGUUGUCAAAAAGAUCAUGACCUGCCACAUCUGCCUGGAUUUCUGUGCCCCGGAACAGAUGUGUGACUAUGUCCCCCCACCAAGAGGUAGGGACCGGAGAGAUUCCACCACUGACUUGGACAUCGACAUGACCUUCAUCCUUGAUAGUUCAGAGAGCACCUGGCCCUCUGUCUUCACAGAGAUAAAGCUAUACAUGGCUCAGAUGGUAGAGCAGUUGGAGAUGUCUCCUGAACCAGCCAGCAGUACCCAUCAUGCUCGAGUGGCACUUGUCCAGCAUGCACCUUAUGAAUACUUUCACAAUGGCAGCAGCAUCCCUAUCAGUGUGGCCUUUGGCCUGACAGACCACAAGUCUGCGAUCAUUGUCCGAAGCUUCCUUCUGGAUAAGGUGCACCAGCUGGAGGGAGGUCGAGCCCUUGCUGCCGCACUUGAAGGCACAGUGGAAAAUGUGUUUGAGAAGGUGCCACAUCCCCGCCACUUGAAGGUGUUAGUUCUAUUUGUGACUGGACCAGUAGAAGAGGAUGAGGAGAGGAUAGUAAGGGCCGCCAUUGAAGUUAAAUGCAAAGGGUACUUCAUUGUGGUGAUGGCAGUUGGAAAGAUCUUCAGUGCAGGUGAUGUUCGUGUCCUGGCCCAAGUGGCAAGCGAGCCCUCAGAUGUGUUUUAUAAGAGGGUGGAUGGACCUUCAGGCUUCUAUGACGACCACAUUCAGACAUUUGCCAGACUAUUGCCCAAGUACCUUAGCCUUGAAAAUGCUUUCUACCUUUCCCCUGAAGUCUCUAAGAAGUGCCAGUGGUAUCAGAGUGACCAGCCACACAAAGUCCCAUUCAGUUCACCACAUAUGCAUGAGAAACACCAGAAGCAUCAUGAACAGAAGGAAGUUCAUGACAUAAAACAUAAAGAAUCAGCAGAACAGAAAAUUCUUAAUGCCAGUGAAAUGAUGGGAAUGGUGUCCACUGCAACUUUGAGUAAACCAGAAAUCACAGAACAAAAGAUUCUUUCUGCAAGUGAAGUGAUGGGGAUUGUCUCAACUGCACCCGUAAAUACAUCAGAAAUAAAAUCAGCAGAACAGAAGAUUCUUACUCCAAGUGAAGGAUUGGGGAUUGUAUCUACUGCACCCUUGAGUAAUCCAGAAAUUAUUAACAGUCUUAUGGACCCAUGCUCACUUGACUUUGACUCUGGACUACCAUGCAAAGACUAUGCAGCUAAAUGGUACUUUGAUAGAAAGAACGGAUUCUGUACGCAGUUCUGGUUUGGAGGUUGUGGAGGAAAUGACAAUAGGUUUGAGACUGAGGCAGAUUGCCUCAAGCGCUGCAUGAAGAUAGUGACUGAGCAAAAAGCAAGCGACGAGCAUAUCAAAGCUGUCCUCCCUCCAGCACCAGCUCCAGCAGUUGCCCUGCACUCCAGUGUGGAUAUCUGCAAGCUACCAAAAGAAGAAGGCAGCUGUGCUAAAUUUGUGCUUAAGUGGUAUUAUGACCCCCUAAGAGGAAACUGUGCACGCUUCUGGUACGGAGGCUGUGGAGGGAACCAGAAUCGCUUUGAUACAAAAGAUGAGUGUGAGAAAGGCUGUGGAAAAACAGCACCUGUUAAACAAGUGGUCAUUGCUGCAGUGAAAACAUAGAAAUGAAUGAAGACUCUUAACUAACCGCUGACAACACUCAGAGGAUAUAGCACCUAGAACGAGAAGCUCCAACAGAGCUAAGAUACCUGCACUGGAUUCUGCCAAAGGAUUUGAUCCAAAGUAAACCUUGAAGUAUUCUUUUUUCUUCACAGAAGGAUAAAGCAAAACAAGUUUCGUGCUGGUGCUAUGUUCAGUUUAUUUCACUUUUUUAAUUGUUUUAUUUUUCAUGUGUGUGUGGGUUUCAGAGUAAACCCCAGUGUAAAUGUCCAGGGCAAAAUAGCUUCUUUUUUUUAUGUUAUUCUGUUUUACUCAUGUUUUAGUUUUAUAGACAAGCUUGUGGGAAUAUCUUGAUCAAAACAUAUCAGUAAAUAUUUGUAGUUAUGAGACAGGUUCAUGUCAGUUUAGUUUGAUUCAGUAAAUUCUGCUCUAAAAUGACUGUAAUUCACUUAAGUUUUCACUGCUUGGAAGAAAGAAUCUUAAUUGCUCUCUCUGGUCAUACUGCUGAAGGCUUCCACUGAUAAAAGAUCAAGAUGCUAUCUCUAAACAAAUCCAAUGUUGAUGUUUGCACAUCUCAUUUAGGCAGUUAUUAAAUGACCAUCAUUCAUUUUUCUAAAGAAUAUGAGUUUUUAAAUAAGGAUGCACUUCUGGAACCACUGACUUUCAAACAAGUUUUGGUUUCCAAAACAUUUGGAAUGUAUUUGUCAAGCUGUUUUUUUAAACUUUGUAUUUCAUUUGGAAAUCGAAAGAUAUAAAUAAAUUAGUCUUUAUAUAAAACUU